GCAAAAUCCAUGGCGAAGUGGAUAAUGAGCCUCGAGGUCCAGCUCCCUUUCGAUUGUGUGUGCCGUCGUCGCCUCCAGCGACGCCGAUCCCUGCCUUCUCCGCCAUUCCGUCGCCUUUGCUUCGCGGGAUUUCUCCCUGCGUCCUACUCUCUUCGAACCCCUUCUCUAACCUAACUGGGUUCACAGGAUUGAGAAAAUCCCACAGACGUGCUGAAGUUAUAGGCAUCGCUGUCUGGGAAUCGACGGUUUCAUUCUCUCGAGUGAGUGGGUGAGUGGGUGAGUGUGUGAGCGGGAUUCCACAUUUGGGUUGUACCGUGAGGUGUGGCGUCGUAUUAGUUGCGUGAGGAAUUAGAGGAGUCCGAGGAGGGGUUAGAUGAGGGGGAUGCGAGGAGAAAGUAGGGUUUAAGGCGGGGUUUUGCGGAGGUUGAAGAAGAAUGGUGCGCCUGAAGGUUGGGUCUGCCCUGGCGCCCUCAGCCUCGCCCUCUUGUUGUGCAGCUUCCGUGCACAGGAAUGCCUCUAGUUUUUUGCUGCAGUGUCAGGUGCGACCUGUUCUGCUCGCCUCGCGGAGCUCUCCGUUUCUGUCGUCGCGGUUGCGACUGAGGUGCCAUUAUCCUGGUCCGGUAGGGAGGAGGGUUUUCAGGCAAUUGGCGCGUGCAGCGUCGCGGGAGGAUGAAGCUUACUAUGGAACGGAUGCUUCGAGUGCUUCUGAGGGUGGUGAUGAGACAUUGAAAGAUGGUGGUCGGGAGUCGAAUUCGGCAUCAGGUGGAGAUGAGGGGGAAGCUAGGCCAGGGGAUUUUCCUUGGUUUAAGGAUGUGAUUGGGUUGAAGACGAAAGAGGAAUUGCAAGCGGAGGCAGAAUCGAAAACCGACCAAGUUCUAGAGACUAUAAGGCAAUCAGAGAUUAGGCGCCUCACCGAAGAACAUGAGCUCGAGAGGCAGGCUGAGAUUCAGGCCGAGAGGGACAUGAUACAAAAUACCAUGUGGUCAAAAUCUAUUCUUAAGUUUCAGGGGAAGCUUAAAGGGACGCCCUGUGAUCCAUUACCAGGUGAAGAUAUUCCGUACAGUGUUUUGAUGCAGCUUCUUGAAGAGAAGAGGGUUCAGUACGUGGAUUAUGGUGAAUUUGGGCAAUACGUUGCAGUUAUAUUGCCUCAUGAGAAGGAAGAAACAAAUCAACAGACCGAGCAACCUGACAGCGUUGAGUUGGACGAAUCGACCCCCAAAGCUCCUCAUUUGAUUCAACCUAACGAGGAGAAUUUUGUCUUUAAAAGACAUCUGGUUGAUAACAUGCCUGCAGAUGGAUGGAAUGACAUGUGGAAGAAACUCCACACACAAGUUUCUCACGUAGAAGUGGUUCAUCCGCGUUCAUUGCCAAUGCAGAUGUAUCCGACCUUUGAGACUGCAGUGGUGUGGGGUAUGCGUCUUGUACUUGCAGCUGCCGUAUUCAAGUUUGUUGAUGGCUGGAUGUAUCCCUUUUAUAAAAUGAAGGGUCCAAACGACCGGCCAGUCUCUCGCCGGCCUAAGCUCAGCAACUUCGACAACGCUGAACUUGGAGCCCUUGGUCAAAGCAGGGCAAGGUUUAUCUCUGCAGAAGAGAGCACUGGCGUCACCUUUGACGAUUUCGCAGGUCAGGAAUAUGUGAAGCGAGAAUUGCAGGAAGUGGUUAAAAUUCUCAAGGAUUCCAAGGAAUUCGAAGAUUUGGGUAUCUACUGUCCAAAGGGUGUACUUUUGUAUGGUCCUCCUGGGACUGGAAAGACAUUGCUUGCUAAGGCUAUUGCUGGAGAAGCUGGUGUUCCUUUUUUCUCUGCCAGUGGAGCUGAGUUUGUUGAGAUGUUUGUGGGAGUAGCUGCAGCCAGAGUAAGAGAUCUGUUCACAAGAGCACGGCAAUUUGCACCUUCCAUUGUGUUUAUUGACGAGAUCGACGCUAUUGGUGCCAAGCGCGGUGGACCUGAUGUUGGUGGGGGUGGUGUGGAGAGAGAACAAGGUUUGAUUCAGAUUUUGACUGAGCUUGAUGGGUUUCAGAGCCAAGGGUCCAAGGUUUUAGUGGUGGGAGCAACGAACAGGCUGGACAUGCUGGAUCCAGCACUUCUAAGAAAAGGACGUUUUGAUAAGACUAUCAGCAUUGGGCUCCCCUCUGAAGAAGGGCGUCUCGCAAUCUUGCAGGUGCACUCCCGCAACAAAGGCUUUAAGUCUGAAAAAGAGAAACAAGAAUUGUUGAAGGAAUUAGCUAGCAUCACUUUUGAUUACAGUGGUGCUGAACUGCAAAAUGUUCUGAACGAGGCAGCAAUUUUAGCAGCACGGAAGGAUAAAGAUAUUAUUGAGAAACCUGAGAUUAUGGAGGCUAUCAGGAGGCAAGCUGGAGAUUUCGCUACCGGAGAGGAGGAUGCAGUUGAUGCUAGUGGGGAGGCUCGCUUACGUAUUGCUUACAGGGAGGCGGCUAUUGCCCUACUCGAGUGUUACCUACCGAAUCCACAUCGGCCGUUCGUGAAGACUAACGUGCGGGAGAUUGAUACAUAUCCGAACAUGGAGUAUGCUGAUUCUCGAAACCGUGUCUUCGCUCACAAGUCUGAUUUAGUUGACUCUAUUGUGCGCGCCUGUGCUCCUCGGGUUGUGGAGGAGUUCAUAUUUGGAAAGGGCAACCUAUCAUGGAUGUCGGGUUCUGCACUCAGCGAGGCAGGUUUAUUGGCGGACUAUAUGAUUCUCCGGACAGGCAUGACUGCUUUGGGGAAGAUAUACUACCGUACUCAACAGGAUGUCAUGCUCCAUAUUGUGCCUAAAGUGCAAGCUCUACGAGAUGAGUACAUGCGCUAUGCAGUGGAGAAGUGUUCAUCAGUAUUGAGGGAGUAUCGUUCUGCUUUAGAGACGAUUGCAGAGAGAUUGUUGGAGAAGGAGGAGGUUGGCGCUCCUGAAAUUUGGGAUAUUUUCCACAAGGCUCCUCGCAUUCCCCAGCCCGAGGUAAGGCCUGUCAACGAGCAUGAGGCCCUCAUGUAUGCUGGGCGUUGGGGCAUUCACGGAGUUUCACUACCAGGACGAGUCACCUUUUCUCCGGGCAAUAUUGGAUGGGCCACGUUUGGUGCUCCUAGGCCUCAACAGUUGAGAGUAAUUAGCAAUGAAGCAUUUGCGAUGCUUGAUAAGAUACGAGAUGAAAAUUUAGCAGACAUAGCAAGGAGGACUGAAGAGGAUGACGAAGAGGAAGUUCCUGAUGUGAUUUAUCCUCGACAAUUUUUGUGAAGUCACACAUAGUAAUCAAUUUAGCGAUUUCAUUGGUGCACAUAUUUUGUCACUCAUUAUCCUCAAUCCCAGUUUGUCACUUUUUUGGAGGUAAAGUAUUGACUGAGGCACUUUCAGAACAGUGAAGCUACAGUAUUCCACUUGUAGAGAAGGCAACAUGGACGCAUUGACUGUUCCUAAGCAUAUCUAUCUUGUAGAACAAAGGAAAGUUCUUUGCGCUUUGAGGAGGUUCACAAUGCAUAUUCAAAGGCUGGGAAUAAAUCCACUUGCUUGGCGUGUACACAUACAAUCAAAUGAGUCCACUAUCCAUGACUUUGGAAAAGA